AUGCCAACACAAGUCCGAAUUUUCACAAAGCCCCAGUCUCUGGACGAGACUCUGGCAAAACCGGCAAAGCCAACAUUGGCACAGCCACCUUACGUCCCAAGAUCGGUGCCCAUCUAUCCCGAGAUACCCAAGCCGACCAUCCGCUGUUCGACGCCUAGGUUGCCGCUACCUCCCGCCAUGUCUGUCUACGACGAGAAGCGCGUGGAAGGAGGCAUUACCUUUGCACACCAGGACAAGCUCCCAAAGCUCCCCAUCCCGGACCUGAAGAGUUCCGCGGAAAAGUAUCUUGUUGCUCUCAAGCCACUCCAGACUGCACGAGAGCAUGCUGAGACGAAGCAUGCUGUCGAUGAGUUCCUCAGGCACGAUGGGCCUGAGCUCCAGGAGAAGUUGAAGAGGUAUGCCGAAGGGAGAACGAGCUAUAUCGAGCAGUUCUGGUAUGACUCGUAUCUCAACUACGACAACCCCGUCGUGUUGAACUUGAACCCCUUCUUCCUGCUCGAAGAUGACCCGACUCCGGCCAGGAACAACCAGGUCACACGAGCUGCCUCACUGGCAGUCUCGGCCCUCGAGUUUGUGCGAGCUGUCCGCAAGGAGGAGUUGCCGCCCGACACAAUCAAGGGUCAACCGCUGGACAUGUACCAAUUCUCUAGGCUCUUCGGUACUGCCCGAGUACCAACAGAGAAUGGAUGUCAGAUCGAGCAGGACCCAGACUCGAAGCAUAUGAUCGUCAUGUGCCAUGGCCAGUUCUACUGGUUUGAUGUCCUCGAUGACAAUUCGGAUCUCAUCAUGACGGAGAAGGAUAUUGCCAUCAAUCUCCAGACUAUCAUCGACGAUGCCACGGAAACCCCUAUCCAGGAAGCUGCCAAGGGAGCCCUCGGCGUCCUAAGCACAGAAAAUAGGAAGGUCUGGUCCGGGCUGAGAGACGUCCUGCUGCGGGACGAGGGCUCCAACAAUGCCGACUGUCUGAACAUUGUCGACUCGGCGCUGUUUGUCCUGUGCCUAGACUACACAGAACCAGCCACCGCCGCCAUGCUGUGCCAGAACAUGCUUUGUGGAUCGAGUGAGAUCGAGAAGGGCGUCCAGAUCGGCACAUGCACCAACCGAUGGUACGAUAAACUGCAGAUUAUUGUUUGCAAGAACGGCAGUGCAGGUAUCAACUUUGAACACACGGGCGUCGAUGGGCACACCGUGCUCCGGUUCGCCAGUGACGUCUAUACCGACACCAUACUACGCUUUGCCCGCACGAUCAACGGGCAGGCCCCAACUCUCUGGGCAUCGACAAGCCCAGACCCGUCGAAGCGUGAUCCAGAGAGUUUUGGAGACGUCAAUACGACACCUCGCAAGCUCGAGUGGGACCUGACGCCCGAGAUCAACAUUGCUGUGCGCUUUGCCGAGACCCGACUCGCGGAUCUGAUCCAGCAGAACGAGUUUGAAUGCCUCGACUUUAGUGCUUACGGCAAGAACUUCAUCACUUCGAUGGGCUGCUCGCCCGACGCAUUUGUCCAGAUGGCAUUCCAGGCUGCCUAUUAUGGCCUGUACGGCAGGGUCGAGUGCACGUAUGAGCCGGCCAUGACCAAGAUCUUCCUCCACGGCCGGACUGAGGCGAUCCGAUCGGUGACCGAGGAGUCUGUCAACUUUGUUCAGACAUUCUGGGCGGACAAUCCGGCGGAAGCCAAGGUUGAAGCUCUUCGCAAGGCGUGCCAGAAGCAUGUCGAGGUCACCAGGUAUUGCGCAAAGGCUCAAGGCUGUGACCGCCACUUCUAUGCGCUCUUUUGCCUCUGGCAGCGGUUGGUCGACGAGGAGACUGCAAGCAUCUUGAGCAGUCCGCGAUCAUCCAGCCCUUACGACGGCAACUCGGACCAGGCCUACGAGCUCGGCAGCAGCCCAGGAAAGCAAUCUGCGGUCUCACAAGACGGUGAGAUGCAGACUCUGGCCCGUGCCAGGGGUGAUAGCACCACGUCUCGAACCAACGGCGCGACCCUGCCUCUGAUCUUUGCCGACUCGGGCUGGGACAAGCUCAACCAGACCAUCCUGUCGACCUCAAACUGUGGCAACCCUUCCCUGCGACAAUUCGGCUUCGGUCCCGUAUCGGGUGAAGGAUUCGGCAUUGGCUAUAUCAUCAAGGACGACGGCAUCUCCAUCUGCGCCUCCAGCAAGCACCGGCAGACGAAGCGCUUCAUCGACACCCUGGAGAGCUACCUGCUGGAGAUCCGCCGGAUCCUGCGCAUCACGACCCGCAAGGCCACGAUGAGCAAGCAGACGCGCGCCCGCGAGAUUGAGCACACCCGGCCCAAGCCCGUCAGCCGGAUGAAGUCGCGCGGCAGGAUGAUCACGGGGGCCGAGAUUAUCAAGUCGCAGCGGUCUGCGACGGGCACGACCUCGCCUACGGACGAGAGCGCUACCCUGAGCGAGGAUGAUGAGCUUGGUGGAUAUGGCUUCUUUGACGCUGGUAUGCUCCUGCAGGCGCUCAAGGCGCGGGGAGAGAACCUGGACUCUGGCGAGACUCGCCCUUCGGAGCGCGCCCAAGUGCAGGCGCGCCGAAGAGAAGUUGGUAAGAAAUUGCGCUUGAUUGAUUACUAG